AUGCUCGGGAACCUGAGAAGCUUCGACCUCUUCGACUUGACGGCUGGGGCGCGGAAAUCGCUACAACGGAUGGAAUUCACCUACGUAUUGUGUGCACCGAGACUAACGACUUUCCGGGAUUUUAUGAGCAGGUUUUCGGUUCGGCAUGGACAAUUCCGAUGA